UAUAUUUUUUUCUUUUUAGCAUUUUGAGGAAUUACACUUUUUUUUUUCAAUUUGUUUUCCCCCUUCACUUUUCACAAAGUAAAAUUAUUAUUAUUAUUAUUUUUUUUUUUUCUUUUCUUCUUUCUCAUUCCUCUACUGUAGACGGCUGUCGGAAAAUCUUCUCCGGUUUUCAUCGUUUUCGUAUAAUAUUCGAAACUUUCAGCGUUACAGAUUGUUCGAUUUCUUGAAUCCGUCUAAGUUGGUUUCUGAUGCUUAAUAGCAUCAUUUGGAAGUCAAUGAAGGACAAGCGUAAAUAGUUCUUUAAAAAAUAUAAAAUGCAGACAGAUUUAAUUGUCCCCUCCAACUCUGAGACACAUCUUGAUUCUGAGACAAUAAUUGCUCAUGUUGGAGAUCAAGGCAUUGCAGCAUCAACUCCUGAUCAUGUCAUAGAACCCCUGCCUGCCAAAAGGCCUACUCGACAAUGGGCUGCUUGGACACGGGAAGAGGAGGAAAGUUUCUUCACUGCAUUACGGCAAGUUGGCAAGAAUUUCGAAAAGAUCACUUGUCAUGUCCAAAGCAAAAACAAAGACCAGGUCAGACAUUAUUAUUACCGUCUAGUAAGGCGUAUGAAUAAGCUGUUGGCUCCGGGGUUAUGUCUGGAUGCUAAAAACUCCAAGGAUACUAAUGCUGCAAUGCUUCGAUGGUGGUCAUUACUGGAAAAAUAUAGUUGCAAAGCUUCAAAACUUCACCUGAAACCACGACGUUUCAAGAUUUUUGUUGAAGCCUUGGAGCAUCAACUUUUGAAAGAUCGGAAGAAGAAUGUAAGAAAACGUCCAUUGCAGGGAGAAAACUGCCCUCCACCUAUGCCUAAUGCUGUCUCAAAUCAGAAUAAAGCUUUAGGGCAUGAUGGGCGUGCAGUUAAAUUAGUUUUAGUUGACACUCAAAACAUUCCAAAAUUGGGCCCCAGGAAAACCACGUCAAGACGCAAUGUGAAUGUUGGUAUUAACCGUGGAAACAAUGGUGGAUAUCCCACAGUUCUCAAACCAUCAAGGCAGAGAAGAAAAUCAGAAGGAGGUGUAUCAUCGGCUGCAUAUAAAAAAUGGGAAAAAGCUGCAAUAGCAGGUGUUUCUUUGGUUGCUGAUGCUGCUGAGCAUUUAGAGCGCACUGUCACUAAUAAAGAUGUUUUACGUGAUCAAAAUACUUUUGGGAAAAAGAAUACCGAUCCUGCUGGGAGCCCCUUGCUACUGUUGCCUCCUCUUCAGACAAACUCUUUGAUUGAUGUUGCUUCUAUAAAGCUGAAGCUUCAGCUAUUCCCAGUUGAUGAUGGGACUCGUAGAGCCUUGGAAUCGGAUAAACACAAUCCACAUUUGGAGCUUACUCUCAGUACUCGCAAGAAAAUUUCAUCAGUUUUAGAGCAUCUAAGUCGGAAAUGGGGUAAUUCAAGUGCUGCUCAUGGAGAGCUUAUGCUUUUUCCUUACAGUAUCCAGAGAAAAAGCCUGGUGGGUUGUCAGAGAUGGACACAAGACUCCUUUGAGAGUGCCGGUGAUGUCUAUGCAACAAUUGGAAGGCCCCAAGUUUUUCGUUUAAGGUAUGGUUGGUGUUCCAAUGCAGAACAUGGGUCUGUUGAAUUGCAGAUGUCUGUGCCAGCAUAUUGCAUUCAAGAUGAUCAUAUUAUGGAUGCCAGGGAUAUUGAGGGAAGAAUUGUAGAUGCAGCAUCAAUUGAUGCUCAACCUGUGGACUUCAAUAAGGAUGAAGUGGGUACAUUGAGUAGGAGUAUGUCAACUCCGACUGCACCCUGUGAGACAGAGAGGUGCAUAUCUGCACGUCCAAAUGAUGAUCUUCCGAGGUCCUCUGAUCCUGUAUUAAACAUGUCAUGGGAUAAAAAGACUGCUGCUGAUAGAACUAUCAUCCAACGAUCUGAUGAUGUGGAUGACCUGAAGUUAAGCAAUGGAACUUCCUUAUCAGCUGGGGAAUGGGCUGACAGCCUUACAAAUAUAAGUAUUGGAGACCUACUUUCAGGAGUUUCUCAGGAUGUGGAUGCCAACUGCCUUGACGCACCUCUUGCUGAAGGCACCCAAUGUCUUCAGCAGAUCCCAUUCAGCUGUGAUUCAUUUGAUGCUGCAAUUGCUGCUCAUAUAUCCAGACAGCAAGACAAGACAGUUUCUCAACCGACUUUAGCAUCUCAUGCAUCCUCCAUAUGGGAUGCUGAAGAGACAUGUGACGCCUUCUCAUUUCAAAAGAAUCCAGUUAUCCUUCAAGAUGUUCCUAGUUCAUUCACAUUCUCUUCUUUACGAGGUUGCAAACAUGUUGCUAGAUCCAACUCCAUGGAAUCCGACCACAUGACCGAGGAUUUUUCUAGAUCAGAGAGUCCUGCAGAGGAUCACAUUCAAGGAGACCCGAUGGAUGAGUGUCACUCUGAUCCACAGAUCUCGGAAACAAAAGAUAUCGAUGAACUAGCGGAUAUUUAUUGGCCUGAUUCUUUAGGCCCCUUGGAUUUGGAUUUGCCAUCGACUAACAAGUACCAUAACGAGGAAUUAAUUUUAGGCGAUAGCCUUAGCAGCUUGAACCGUUUGAUAGCAAGCAGUUUGGAUGCAUUUCAAAAUUGCUCCUUUUUCGGCUUUGACAAGAAAGAACCAUCGGCAUUCAACAGUUAAGCUCCAGAAGGCCCUCCUAAUCUGAUUAUUUUUAAAGAUGGAAGCCAAGGUGUUAGCUUUUGAAUCCAGAAAUUAGAGAAGAAAAGAAGAGAUUCUGUAAUUUUGGAUCCGAAAUUCAGCCGUGGUAUUAAGCUCUAUAGCAAUUAGAAUAUAAGUUCAGUGUCUAAUUUUAGUUCAAGGAGGAGAAGGGACAUGGCCAAAGCCCAGUGCUGCCCACGUAAGUACUUCACAAUCUUGGUUUUGUAUCUAAAAAUUUCUUUGCUUUUGGUGGUUCCCCGAUUUGUACAAAAUAGACAUGGAAAAGAAAAUCUACUUCAUUUCUAACGUUUUUUUUUUUUUUUUUUUUUUUGGUUUUUAAAAUGAGGGCUGUGUGUUCAGUUCUUGUAAAUUGUACACAGCUAAAGCUGAGAACAUCUUCAACCCAAUUGGCAAAAUUUGUGAUUAUUCUUCCUAA